ACAAAAGAACCUACGAAUCGCAUGAAAAGCAGCAUUGAGUGGGAGUGUUCCUCUCCUUAACUCGCAAAACAAUGUCGCAAACGUUACAUCCCUUCGUCGCCAAAAGCCUUGGUUAUGGAUGUGGAAUGGCAGAUGGCAAGUGCCUCCCAUGUUCGGGUGUUUCUGGAAGAACUGCUGCUGUAUAUUCUUGCUGUUCUCUUGGUCAUAACAAAAUUCAUUCCCAUGUCAAAAUUAGAGGACUAAAGUGUCGCUUUGGGGCUGCAUCUUUUGUAUGUGAAGCGAAGAGGAACCCGGAUUUCUCAAGGCAGAACAAGCAUGGGUCCUCCAGAAGCAGGAAUAGGAACAAUGAUGGGAGAGAUAGCUUUGAGAGCUUUGAUGAUGAUAUGUUUUCUCUGAAAAAUGGACCGCCUGUGUCUCUUUCUACCUCAGGAAAAUUCCAGGCCACUUCAGCCCCUGGUCCUAGAGAGAAGGAGAUUGUUGAGCUAUUUAGGAAGGUCCAGGCUCGGCUGCGUGAGAGGGCUGCUUCCAAAGAAGAAAAGAAAGUUGAAGCCUCCCGAGGGCAAAGUAAAGAGAACAGUACUGUAGAUUCCCUCCUCAAACUAUUGAAGAAACACUCAGUUGAGCAAGUAAAGAGAAGUAGUGGAGCAGGCAGAGGAAAAGAUUUUAGUUCGGACCAGUUGCAAGAAAGUAACCAAUACGAUGCUGGACGAAACACCAAAAUUUCUGAUUUGGAUAGUGCUCCUAAGGAUGAGCUCCAAGAGGGCAAUGUCUCCUCCCCAGUAGCUAGACCUCGGUCAAAUUUCCAAAGAAGGUCUCCUGUUCCUCGUGUAAAAUACCAGCCUGUUUCUGACGACGAGGAUGACAUGAAUGUAUUGCCAGCAGGCAGUGAGGAUACAGAGAACAAUCAGGAUCAGAUAGAUUUGAAGCUUAAUGACGAACCAGAGCCUGACUCCGAGUCUGAUAUAGAUUCAAAGGAUGAGUUGUUCUUCCCAAACAUAGGGAUGGCUGAAUUGUCAGAGGACGAUGAUUCUGAGCAAACCUAUAAUGAUGAGAAUGUGGAGGAGCAGCCCGUGGUUCAACAUGAGGAUUUGAGUGCUCUGAAGCUGUCUGAAUUGAGGGCACUUGCAAAGUCUCGAGGUCUGAAAGGAUUCUCAAAAAUGAAGAAGAGUGAUCUCUUGGAGUUGCUAACUGAGAGCUAAUUCUUGAUGGAAUGAUAUACAAGAAGAAAAAAGUGACAAAACAACACAUGCCAUAUUAAAAUAGAUUAUUAUUUUCUUUCAUGCUUUUGACUUGUCAUUCUAUCUGAUGUUUCCUUGUGUUAUUUUUUUUUUUCACUCUAAUUUAAUUCUUCCAAGUACUUGAGGUCUAGAGUCUACGCAUCAUUAGAGUAAUCGUGGUAUCUUUGCUUUGGAGGAAUUUUAUAUCUGUGAUGAGAUCUUGCGGUCUUUUGGUUAUCAUGUGAUCGAAGUGAUGAGAUUUUUUUAUC